ACUAACUAGGCCUUAUUUUUGCCUGAAAUGAAGAGUAUGGUAACAAAAUGUAAUUCAAGGCUCAAUUUCGGUUGUCCAUUACUCAUUACAAAAGAAAUAAUAAAAAAAAGAAUCGGCAGUAGAGUUAUUACAAUAUAUUCUAAAAUAAAAUGCGAAAUGAAAUUAGCAAUUAAUGACCAAUAAUUAAUAUAAUAUGCAUUCAAUCUUUACUUUAUUAGUGCGUUCUCCACUUGUCUCCAAUUUAAUUGACUUCUAAACUAUAAAGAGCCAUUUAAUUCAAGGUUUGUAAUAUUUUGAGAUUCAUUUUCUUGUAUGGUGGAAAUUAUUAGUAAUCCAUUAAUAAUUAAUAAAAAUAGGUUAGUUUUUAACAAUUUUCCCAAAUAUCUAGAUAAAUUAGUAAUAAAAUUGUCAUUCCAAAUACAAAGUAUACAACAUUCCCAAAUAUUAUAAACCGUGAGGCCCUAAAUGGUAGGAUUAUUUGUUGCCUUGUUUAUGCCUAUAAAUAUUCAUACUUUAUUCUCCUUAUUCUUCCCUAUCAAAUCUAUAAUGGAGGUGGUAAAGAAGGAGGUAAUCUUGCUUACUUUGCUUUGCUUUUCUUUGAGGGAUGUUUUGGUGGAUGGUAAAAGGAAAAUUACAGCAAUGGACAAAGAAGAUGCUGUGGAGAAAAAGUUAAAGCUCCUCAAUAAACCUGCAGUGAAAACCAUACAGAGUGAAGACGGCGAUAUCAUUGAUUGUGUUGACGUAUACAAACAACCGGCAUUUGAUCACCCGCUGCUUCGAAACCACACAAUUACGUUGAGACCAAGUGAAGAGCCCUUCACAAAAGCAGCAAAUGCUGAUUCUAAUUCUUCAGCUAAUUUGGCUUGGCAAGUAUGGCGAAAGAGCGGGAGCUGCCCCGAAGGAACAAUCCCUAUUCUGAGAAUCGAGAAGCGCCAUCUACUGAACACUAACUCGCUCGAAACCUACGGGAGGAAACCUCGACAUGGCGUAACCAAGCACGAGAUCCACUUACCCAACAAAACCAUACUCAUUGGAGUCGAAGAUCUGAAUGAGGUCAGUGUGCUAGUUGGAGCAGGCUACAGCUACCUCGGAAUUCAAGCAAGAAUCAACACAUGGAACCCGCGUGUUGAAGCCUCCGACGAAUUCAGCUCUGCGCAGAUUUGGCUGAGGAACGGCCCGUUCCGUAAUUUCGACUCCGUCGAAGCUGGAUGGAUUGUGUAUCCUGAUCUGUACAAUGAUACUGCAACUAGGUUCUUUAUAUACUGGGCGGCUGGAGCCAACACAGGAUGCUUCAACCUCCUUUGCUCGGGUUUUGUACAAAUCGACCCCUCUAUCGCACUCGGAGCGCGGAUUGAUCCGAUUUCUCAGGAAUGGGGGGACCAGUACAUAAUAGAGCUCACGAUCUGGAAGGACUUGAAAGAUGAUGAUAAGUGGUGGGUGGCAUACGGGAGGACCACAUUUGGCUACUGGCCGGCGAGCAUCUUCCGCGGGCUAACCAAAGUGGGCACCGUCGCGCUGUUCGGCGGCAUCGUGUACAGCCCCCGCAUGAAGCAGCAGCUGCCGCACACCAGGACGGCCAUGGGGAGCGGCCGCUUCGCCUUCGACCACUGGGGCCAAGCCGCGUUCAUCGGCCAGCCGCGGAUCAUGGACUACUCGAAGACCUUCAAGUACCCCGACCCGGGCCAAACCUUCAGCACCCAUACGGACUGCUACAGCGGAGAGAAUUACGCCGAAGUUCAGUUCACUGAGCCGCGCUUCUACUUCGGGGGCCCUGGCAGGAACAUGUACUGCAAGUAAAAAAGACCCUUUGCGGAUCUUGAAAUGUAAUGUUGGCUCCUAUUUUAUUUACACUGAAUAACAGAAAAUAAUAUAAUAAUAAUAAUAAUAAUAAUAAUAAACAA